AUGUCGGACCAUCCAGUAGACGAGAAAGAUGUUACCAUUACCUCCCAGGACCAGCAACCAAAUAGCAAACCAGAACCAACGCAGGAAAAGCGUCCCAUCAGUAGUGCCACGGCUAGCUCCUCAGACAAAGAUGUCCCCGCAAAGUCUCCGGAAGUAUCAAGUGCAGAGCAAGUAGUCGAGAAGAAGACUGGCGAGGAUGGGAAAGAUGUGAAGAAUGACGAGACUGAUUAUUCCAGUAAAGCUACGCGCAAAACUGAAUUCAAGCACUUUCUUAGAAUCUUUCUACACACUACCACCUCUGACAGAAUACUGUUGGGUUUAGCAGCAAUUGCACAAGCUGGAACUGGAACUACUUUACCGUUGAUGAACAUUGUAUUUGGUAAAUUUGUUGGCCAAUUCAGCGGCUACUUCAUUCCGAAUAGUGGAACCACGAAAGCAGAGUUCCAGGACAGUAUCAACACUCUCACCUUGUUCCUCGUUUACCUCUUCAUAGCAAGAUGGGUUCUUGGUUACUUUUCCAUGUUUGUACUGCGUGUGGUUGGACUCAAGAUGUCGGCCAAAAUACGGCUGGAAUAUCUCCAAUCCCUAUUUCAACUACCCAUCUCGGUGAUUGAUACGAUGCCCAAUGGUCAAGCCUCGAAUACCAUCACAACCACUGCGAACGUCUUGCAGGUUGGAAUAUCGGAAAAAUUAGGAACCAUAGUCCAGUACUUGGCUCUUCUCAUCACCUCCAUUAUCAUUGCAUUCAAAUACAAUGCUAUACUGACUCUAGUCACCUCUUCAUCAAUUUUGUUCUUGGCUGCGGUUUACGGAAUUAUUGUCCCAAUCAUCAUCAAAAAAACGAAAGCUACCGAGCAGGCAGACGAAAAAGCCGCUUCUAUCGCUGGAGAAGCCUUGGGAUCUGUAAGGAUGAUUAUUGCUUGUGGAGCAGAGAAUCGCAUUGCUAAGAAAUACGCUGGGUGGAUCGAGGAAUCUCGCAAAAGAGGACUCAAAAUUGGCCCGUACCAAGGUGUCCAAUUUGCUCCGCUCUUCUUUGGUAUCUUCUCUACCAUGGCGUUGUGUUUUUGGUUUGGAUUCAAGCUCUAUACCUCGGGGAAGAUUGACGACAUAAGCACCAUCGUGAUCGUUCUCAAUUCGGUCAUGAUGACUUCCUUUGCCAUUUCUCAAACCGCGGCACCUAUUCUGGCAGUUACAAAAUCUACCGCAGCUGCAACCGACUUCUACGCCGUCAUCGAUGCACCAAAACCAAAUACUUCAGGGUUGAAAGAGCCGGAGAUUUCUGCUAGAAAUGACAUUGAACUUGAAAACGUUACCUUUGCAUAUCCCAGUCGGCCUCAUAUUAAAGUUGUCGAUGAUCUCAGCAUGCAAUUUGAAGCCGGCAAAAUCACUGCAAUUGUAGGUGCCUCUGGAUCUGGAAAGUCAACUAUUGUUGGGUUACUCGAACGAUGGUAUGAACUUGACAAUAGCACCUUAUACAAGCUUCCCGACAGUGUUGUGGUUGACGAGAAAGAAAAGAAGAGAAAAGAGGAAGAGGAAAAGCUUAAGCCCAAAGAGCCAGAGCAACCCGCAGUCAAAUUAGGUGGCAAAAUUCUGGUUGGUGGCAAGAACUUGAAUUCAAUCGACUUGAAAUGGUGGAGAUCUCAAAUUGGAUUGGUUCAACAAGAACCAUUUAUCUUCAAUGAUACAAUUCGGAAGAAUGUAGAGUUUGGGUUGAUUGGUUCUGAAUGGGAAGAUGCCGAUGUGGAGACCAAGAAUAGACUGGUCGAGGAAGCUUGUAAAGAAGCUUUUGCAGAUGAAUACAUCUCAAGGCUUCCAUUGGGCUACGAGACUCAAGUCGGCGAUUCCGGUAUCAAACUAUCAGGUGGGCAACGACAGCGCCUUGCUAUUGCCAGGAGUAUCAUAAAACGACCAAAGAUCUUGAUUCUCGAUGAGGCUACAAGUGCAAUCGAUGUCAGGGGCGAAAAACUUGUUCAGCAGGCUUUGGAUCGCGUCGCGCAGGGUCGUACGACUAUUACUAUUGCUCAUCGAUUGUCCACUAUCAAGAAGGCAGACAAGAUUGUGGUUUUGAGAAAGGGCAAAGUCAUCGAAACCGGUACUCACGACUCUCUUCUAUCGGACGAAAAUGGAGCAUAUUGGGCCCUCGUAAACGCACAAAAGCUCACCAUGGGCGAUCGAUUUGAAUCCGAGAAUGAAUUGACGGAUCAUAAAGACGAAGAGCUAGUACUUAGCAAGGAAAUGAGUCGAGCCAGUGGAAUCGAGACGGUUGAAAAAGUGGAAUGGAAGAAUAAGGGGUUCUUUAAAAGCUUCGGCGUUUUGGUUGUAGAGCAGAAACAGAGAUGGCGUUGGUAUCUUGUUCUCAGUGCUGGAUGUGCGGGAGCUGCUUCUGCCAACUCACUUCAAGCCUGGUUCUUCUCUAAGCUUCUCACCGUUGUUACUAUUGUAGACGGUACUCUACAAGCAACAGUCAAUCACUGGUCUUUGCUUUUCUUCAUACUUGGCAUUGGCUCUGGCAUCUCAUAUUUCCUUCUUGGGUAUUCCUCGAAUCAGAUCUCAGUUCACAUUGCUUCUACCUACCGCCAGGAGUACUUUGAAUCUAUCUUAGAUAAGCCGGUGACAUUCUUCGACGAUGAAGCAAAUUCAAGUGGAAGCUUAACUUCUCGUGUUUCCAAUGAUCCAACACAGCUUCAGCAACUCCUAGGCAUAAAUAUGGCUAUGGUGUUAACCCUCCUCGCCGUAUUUGUAAUCAUGCCAAUAACUCUUACCUGCGCAUAUUUCCGACUCAAAUUCGAAAUUCAAUUCGAGUCCCUGAAUCAAGCGGUCUUUGCCGAAUCUUCCAAAUUCGCUGCGGAAUCAAUCAAUGCAUUCCGCACUGUCAGUUCUCUUACACUUGAAGACAUGAUUGCCAAACGUUAUGAAAUGCUUUUGAGGCAGCAUGUCGGUGCGGCAUUCAAGAAAUCAAGAUUUACUACAAUGGUCUUUGCGUUUUCGGAUUCAACCAACUUAUUAUUGAUGGCGUUGAUUUUUUGGUAUGGUGGUGGCCUUCUAGCCAAGUACGAGUACAACCCAGUUCAGUUCUUUGUCAUCUAUAUCGCCGUAGUCAACGGUUCUGAAUCCUCAGGAUCCCUCCUUUCUUUCGGUCCCAACAUGGCACAAGCCGCACAAGCUGCCAAUCGCAUUCUCUCGUUUAGAAUCCGUGCAGAUAAUAAGAAAGGUGCGGGUUUUGAUGUUAAGUCUGCAGAAGGAGGUGUCAAGAUCGAACUGAAGGAUGUUUGGUUUAGAUAUCCUACUAGGGAUGUUGGAAUUUUCCAAGGUUUGAACUUGACAAUCCAAAAAGGCCAAUUCGCAGCCCUAGUCGGUCCCUCCGGCUGCGGUAAAACCUCCAUCGUCUCCCUCUUAGAACAAUUCUACCCCAUCCAACGCGGUAAAAUUCUUUGUAACGGUCUGGACAUCGCAUCUCUCGACACCCGUGCCUAUCGAAAGAUGAUAUCCUUGGUAGCGCAGGAGCCGACGUUGUUUCAAGGGACAAUCAAGGAAAAUAUCUUGCUGGGUGUACCCGAGGAUACUAGUCAGGAGUUAUUGGAACGCGCGUGUAGAGAUGCGGAAAUUCAUGAUUUCAUCAUGAGUUUGCCGGAGGGAUAUGCUACUGAUGUUGGGAAUAGGGGUGUUGCUUUGUCGGGUGGCCAGAAACAACGCAUAUCCAUAGCCCGCGCCCUAAUCCGCGACCCGAAAAUCCUGCUCCUCGACGAAGCAACCUCCUCCCUCGACUCUGAAUCCGAGAAGCUCGUCCAAGCAGCCUUUGAACGCGCCGGCGUAGGCCGUACCAUGGUCGUCGUCGCCCAUCGCCUCGCUACCGUCCAACGCGCAGAUGUGAUCUUUGUGCUUGGAGAGGGAAGGGUGUUGGAGCAGGGGAGUCAUAAGGAGUUGGUGGGGAGGAGGGGCGUUUAUUGGGAGAUGUGUCAAUCGCAAGCGCUAGAUCGGUAG